UGUUUAUGCAACCACUGAUUACACUGUCAUCGACAGUGCUGCUCAUGGUGUUCCACCGGUAGACGAUAGACGGUCGACUGAAUUCCCUGAGGAUCUCUGCAGGAUGGUCUUCCGGAUGCUUGGGCUCCAAGCGUUGGAGGUGUGUGUCUUUGGGCAUAAUGGACUCCUCUCAUCCCUUCAUCGCACAGCAGCCUAAUGCUAAUGCACUUUCCCUUCUCUCUCAGACGCUGCUCGUUCGUCAGGUUUGUCAACGAUGGCCGAAGUCCGCUGCGAAACCUUAAGACUGACCAAAGUCGCUCCUUAUGACAAAAAAGCUGCUCUCCAGCCGGACGUUUCACCGCGUCGUUGGGAAGGUCCAUGAACAAGUUGAACGUGUGAAACACGGCGUGCCUCCGCCAGAGACGCCCCGGAUUAGCAGCUCCGGCCGUCUCUCAAACCCUGAUUCUACCCCGAGAAGGUUCUGGGCAUACUUCAAGGAGGAGUGCCAGAAUCAAUUCAAAGGAAAGCCCACGGAGAAAUACUGAUCGGCGAGCUGGAAAUUCGACUGCGGAGGCUCAUAUCAACCAAUCUAUAUCCCUAU